AUGGCGGACCAAACCGUUGGCCUUUCCCUGCGGCACCAGGUCAAGGAGCGAAUCUUUAAUCAGGGACCUCAAGGUCAUCCGGACCAAGCACCUUAUAUUAUAGUCUGGGAAAGUCUAGUCAAAGAACCCCCUCCGUGGGUCUCUCCUUUUGUCCCCUCUUGCCCUCCCUUGAACCCCUCGACACCGCCUCCAUCAGCCCCUACCUCUCACCCAGUUCCCUCCGCUCCACCGGCUCCACUCCCCACACCAACUCCUAGCGACCCCUCAAAACCCCCCAUCUCUUCUAACCUAUAUCCUGUGGUCCCUAUUGACCCUCCCUCUUCUAACGAUGCCCCCUCUCUGCGACGCCCCAGACAAUUACAGGUCCUCCCUUCCGAGGAAUCCCCUUUGAUAGACCUCCUAACCGAGGACCCCCCACCUUAUCGCCCUCUUAGACCAGCACCAAACCCCAUAGGGGAACCAAAUCCUGACCCUUCGCCAUCUCCAAUCGCAGGCAGAGUUAGAGGCCGACAAAGACCGGAGAAAGAAGAAGCUUCCAGGCUCCUACCCUUGCGUCAGGGGAGGGAACCAGGAAGCCUCCAAUAUUGGCCCUUUUCUGCAUCUGAUCUAUAUAACUGGAAGUCUCAUAACCCUUCCUUUUCACAGGACCCCGUGGCCCUAACCGCCUUAAUUGAAUCUAUCUUAGUUACCCAUCAGCCUACCUGGGAUGAUUGUCAGCAGCUCUUGGAGGCUCUCCUCACCACAGAGGAGAGACAAAAGGUUUUUCUAGAGGCCAGAAAGAAUGUCCCAGGGGACGACGGAAGGGUCACACAACUUCCUAAUGAGAUAGAUGCUGCCUUCCCUCUGACUCGCCCUGACUGGAACUUCAAUACGGCUGCGGGUAGGACUCACCUACGUCUUUACCGCCAGUUACUCAUAGCAGGCCUCCAUAAUGCGGGACGUCGCCCCACUAAUUUGGCCCAGGUAAGACAAGUGACUCAAGGUAAGGAGGAGUCUCCAACCGCCUUCUUAGAAAGGAUUAAGGAAGCUUACCGCAGGUAUACGCCUUUUAACCCAGAUAAUGAUGAACAAAGAGGAAAUGUUUCCAUGACAUUCAUUUGGCAGUCAGCUCCAGAUAUUAGAAACAAGUUACAGCGUUUGGAAAAUCUACAAGAUUUCUCUUUGCAAGAUUUAUUAAAGGAGGCAGAAAAGAUUUUUAAUAAGAGAGAAACCCAGGAGGAAAAAGAGGAACGACUUAGGAAGUUGCAGGAGGAAAAAGAGGAAAAGCUAAGGAAGGAAACUGAGGAAAAGGAAGAAAAGCGAGAACGUAAACGAAACAAGGAACUUAGUAAAAUCUUGGCCACCGUAGUGCAAGGCAGCCAGAGCUUAGAGAUAGGAAAGUCAGACAGAAAGGGAGACAUAAGGAGGCUUCAGAUAGAACGGGACCAAUGUGCCUAUUGCAAGGAACGAGGACAUUGGGCCAGAAACUGCCCGAACAAUCCUAAGAGAAGUGCUAAGCCGGUCACAAGACUCAUGGCUUUAGACGAAGACUAGGGGCGUCAGGAUCAGGAGCCCCCCCCCGAACCCCGGGUAACCCUAACCGUUGGGGGGCAACCAAUCACCUUUCUAGUAGAUACAGGGGCUCAACACUCCGUUUUAACUAAGGAUCCGGGACCACUCAGCAACCGGAUGGCCUGGGUUCAAGGAGCCACCGGAGGAAAGCAAUACCGCUGGACUACGGAAAGAAAAGUACAUCUGGCCUCAGGUAAAGUUUCUCAUUCAUUUCUUCAUGUUCCUGAUUGCCCCUAUCCGCUCCUGGGUAGAGACUUAUUGACCAAACUCAAAGCCCAAAUUCAUUUUGAACCACAAGGGGCCACCGUAACCGGCCCCAAGGGGACUCCUCUACAUGUCCUUACCUUACAAUUGGAAGAAGAAUAUAGACUACAUGAGGAGCCCCCUCAGCCUCAGAGGGACAUAGAAUCCUGGCUUGCAUCUUACCCGAAUGCCUGGGCAGAAACAGGAGGAAUGGGACUAGCUAUCCAGCAGCCCCCCAUUCACAUACAAUUGAAGGCAACCGCCGUUCCUGUCAAUGUUAAACAGUAUCCUAUGUCCAAUGAGGCCUAUCAGGGCAUCAAGCCGCACAUACGGCGGUUACUAGACCAGGGCAUUUUGGCCCCAUGCCGGUCUCCUUGGAACACUCCUCUGUUACCCGUCAAGAAGCCUGGUACCAAUGAUUACCGACCAGUUCAGGACCUCAGGGAAGUCAAUAAGAGGGUAGAAGACAUCCACCCUACGGUGCCCAACCCUUACAACUUACUCAGCACCUUGCCUCCAACCCAUUCCUAGUAUACCGUCUUAGACCUCAAAGAUGCUUUCUUCUGUUUAAGACUGAGUCCUCAGAGCCAGCCUCUCUUUGCCUUUGAAUGGAGGGAUCCGGACUUAGGAAUAUCAGGUCAGUUGACCUGGACUCGGUUACCACAAGGGUUUAAGAACAGCCCAACGCUGUUCGAUGAGGCUCUUCACCAGGACUUGGCCGACUUCCGGGUAAGGCACCCCUCCCUGAUCCUGCUUCAAUACGUUGAUGACAUCCUACUAGCAGCCACCAAUGAAGAGGACUGCCGUACAGGUACUGGGGAUCUUUUAAUGACCCUAGGCCAAUUGGGAUAUAGGGCAUCCGCCAAGAAGGCCCAGAUUUGUCAGGUUAAAGUCACCUACCUGGGCUAUGAACUAUAUGAUGGCCAACGAUGGCUAACGGCUGCAAGGAAAGAGACUAUUCUUAACAUUCCUGCGCCUCAAAACCAUAGGCAAUUGCGGGAGUUCCUAGGAACAGCGGGCUUUUGUAGACUAUGGAUCCCGGGAUUCGCAGAGAUAGCGACCCCUCUAUAUCCAUUAACUAAGCAAGAUACUCCUUUUGUAUGGACUGAACAACAGCAGCAGGCGUUUGAUCAUAUCAAACAAGCACUCCUUAAAUCCCCAGCAUUAGGCCUGCCAGACAUUACAAAGCCCUUCGACCUUUUUGUUGAUGAGAAACAGGGCUUCGCUAAAGGGGUCUUAACACAGAGACUCGGACCUUGGAGACGCCCUAUUGCUUACCUCUCUAAAAAAUUAGACCCCGUGGCAGCUGGCUGGCCACCAUGCCUAAAGAUGAUAGCAGCAAUUGCAGUCCUCAUCAAAGAUGCCACCAAACUGACACUGGGACAGCCCCUAACCAUCCUGGCUCCACACACAGUGGAAUCUUUAAUCCGCCAACCACCAGACCGCUGGUUGUCAAAUGCCCGCCUGACGCAUUAUCAGUCCCUCCUCCUGGACACAGACAGGAUCCAAUUUGGACCUGUAAUGGCUCUUAACCCUGCAACCUUGCUGCCCACUCCGGGAGAGAUACCAUUACAUGACUGUCACCAGAUCCUUGCGGAAACACAUGGGACACGACCCGACCUGACCGACCAGCCCAUGAAGGAUGCGGACCUAACCUGGUACACAGAUGGCAGUAGCUACCUGCAGGAUGGAGAACGACGGGCAGGGGCGGCCAUCACGACCGACUCCCAGCUUGUAUGGGCAAGCGCGCUACCAGAAGGUACCUCAGCUCAGAGGGCAGAGCUGAUAGCUCUGACCCAGGCCCUCCAACUGGCAGAAGUUUUUCUAGACACCUUUUCAGGAUGGGCAGAAGCUUUUCCUACCAAAAAGGAGACAGCUAACAUGGUUGCCAAGAAACUAUUAGAAGAAAUUUUCCCAAGGUAUGGAAUACCCAAGGUGCUAGGGUCCGACAACGGGCCUGCCUUUGUCUCCCAGGUAAGUCAGUCGGUGGCCAAGCUACUGGGGAUCGAUUGGAAACUACAUUGUGCUUACAGGCCCCAGAGUUCAGGGCAGGUAGAAAGAAUGAAUAGAACCAUUAAGAAGGCUUUAACUAAAUUACUGCUUGAAACUGGCUCUAAAGAUUGGGUAUCACUCCUACCUCUAGCACUCUAUCGGGCUAGAAAUACCCCAGGACCUCAUGGCCUAACUCCCUUUGAGAUUCUCUAUGGUGCUCCACCCCCCGCUGUCACUUUCUUUGCCCCCGAUAUUGCUGCUCAUACCCCCUCCCCCUCUGUACAGGCCCAUCUGCAAGCUCUGCAGCUGGUGCAACAGGAAAUCUGGAAACCCCUGGCAGCCGCCUACAAGGAGAAACUUGACGUCCCACUACGGCCACAUCCCUAUAAAAUAGGGGACACCGUCUGGGUUCGCAGACAUCGGGCCACAAACCUUGAACCCCGUUGGAAGGGACCCCACAUAGUGCUCCUGACGACACCCACAGCACUAAAGGUCGACGGGAUUGCAGCCUGGAUCCACGCCUCCCACGUGAAAGCAGCGCACCCAGAAGAACAGACCGAACCCCUUCAAGAUUCGGAAUGGACCGUCCAACGCUCCCCAAAUCCUCUAAAGAUAAGACUCAUGCGCCGUUAAUCCUUCUCCUUGUUUACACUUUCCUUUCCUUUGGGGGCCCCAGUCCAUAUCUCCCCAAACAAUUAACUUGGCAGGUCUUCUCUCAAACGGGAGAAGUUGUCUAUUCCACAACGGGCCUGCAUACGCCUGGUAAUUGG